CUUGGGCUCAGGAGGUCUGUAUCUCUUCAUGGAGCAUGAGCUGAAAUUGCUGAGCUUUGGGAGUUUUCAGUGACACCCUUCAAAGUGCACAGGGUGUGUCAUGUAUCAGCUGAGGAGGGCUGAUGCGCUUUUUCCCGGUGAGGCAUCUGUGUAAGUGCCUCCGACGUAGGCCACAGGGGGCGCCUAGGCCGGCAGACGCCCCGCUGUGAUUGGUUGACAAGAUGCCAAGCAACGGAACCAUCCAGUCACCUUCGAUGCAGGGAGGUUUGCUGACAGGGUCCCUGUGUGACUUCAUCCACUUGAUCCAAUCAGAUGUCAAGUUGGCCCGUGACGUGGAGCCAUGCUGCGUACCCAAGCGUCCCCGCUUCACAAUCCAUUGUCUGUCCCCGGCGACAACCGCCAUUGCCUCUUCUUGCCAUCUAAUGGCCGCUGCCUCCGCCAUGGCUAGAACUUCCUGGGAACAAGUGAUCACCCAGGAGCCCAAAGAGGCCAACUCCACAACAGCCCAGAAGAAGAGCAAGCAGAGGAAGCGAGGGCGCCGAGGGCCCCGCAGGUGCCACGCCAACUGCCAUGGGGACAGCUUCGCCACCUAUUUCCGCCUGGUGCUGAAGCAGGUUCACCAGGGCCUCAGCCUUUCCCGGGAGGCCGUGAGUGUCAUGGAUUCUAUGGUUCACGACAUACUUGACCGCAUCGGCUCCGAGGCUGGUCGCCUGGCCCACUCCGUCAAGCACGUGACCAUCACCGCCUGGGAGAUCCAGAUCGCCGUGCGCCUGCUGAUGCCGGGGGACAUGGGCAGGCUGGCCGAGUCCGAGGGCACGAAGGCUGUUCUCAGAAGUUCAGUAUAUGCCCUACAGCAACAGAAAAAGUGAAUACGCUGACAGAAGAACCAAGACUGUUGGAAACAUGUUAUGAAAAUAGUUGAAGAAAAAUGCUCACCUCGCCAGGAGACCAAGAAACACCACCACGAAAUCUGCUGCAAUGAAAUCCCUCUGCAGGAGGCCGACAAGUGUUCCUACCUGUCCACACAACAAUCUGAAAACCAAAGAUGCUUUGCAGAUCCCUGUUGUUUUCCAGAGACAGAGCUGUGUACCUGAUCCAAAACACCACACCCCACUCAGUCAAUGAAUUCUCAUUAUGCUCAUCGUUUUGCUUUAAAGUGCCAACUUUUCUGUCAAGUAGGACAUAGAAAUAAAUUUCGAAAGUUAUCCUUGCAUAUCUACUGAGUAAUUUG